AUGGUCCACAAUGAGCGCGAUGUUGUGCCUGGCACGAUUCAUCUUGUUGACACAAAUGCAGUUGAUCACUCACACCGACAUGAUAUUGUGUUGAAUCCUCGUCCAAGUUCGGACCCGGAAGAUCCUUUGAAUUGGUCCAAGAAGCGCAAGGGGAUCGCUAUCACCAUGACCUACAUUUAUAUUCUUGGGAUUGGAAUGGCCACCACUGUCCAGUAUUCAAUCUUGACCAACAUUGGACAGGCGACCAAUAUCAAUAUUGCAGAUCUCAAUACUGGCACAGGUCUGAUGUUCUUGUUCGCAGGCUGGGGAUGCCUCAUCUGGCAACCAAUAGCAUUGACCUAUGGUCGUCGCGGGGUUUAUAUCCUCAGCAGUCUCCUUGCGCUUGGGCCAAUGGCUUGGACCGUGUAUACGUCUUCAAGAAGCAUCUGGUGGGCACAUCGCAGCCUAUUGGGUCUGAUCGUUGCCCCGGUCGAAUCGCUGGGUGAAAUCUCCGUGUCUGACCUCUUCUUUGCUCACGAACGCGGAAACUUUAUGGGCAUUUAUACUCUCCUCGUGUUUGGCUCCAAUGCCUUCGCGCCAUUCCUCGCCGGCUUCAUUACUGACUCGAUGGGCUGGGAGGCAGCCAUCUGGUUCGGCACAAUCGUCCUCGGCGUCUGCCUGAUCAUCAUCUUCUUCGGCAUGGAGGAGACCAUGUACUUCCGCCAAACAAUCGAGGGUGUUGAUGAGGGGGCAGCCGAGGUUGUGACCAAUCUCGAGACCCUUGGGGAGAAAACCGAGACCGUUUCCAAAGACGCAGCCCUUCCUGAGACAGCAUCACCGGUGGCCAGUGUAGGCUACACUCGACAACGUACGUACUUGCAAAAACUCCAGCUCUUCCGACUUGACGAGGGCCGCCCGUCCGUCAAACAAAUGUUCAUCAUGAUGGUUCGACCGCUCUUGAUGUUUUUCUACUUCCCAAACGUCAGCUGGGCCGGCUUCUUGUAUGGCGCAUCGUUGUGCUGGUACAACGUCCAAAAUGCCACCAUGGCUUUGAUCCUGAAUGCACCACCCUACAAUUUCUCCGCGCAAUCCGUCGGCAUCUCAUACCUUUCGUUACUGAUCGGUUGCAUUGUUGCAUGGUGGUGGGCCGGAUGGGCAGGCGACGAAAUUGCCAUCCGACUGGCUCGACGAAAUCAUGGCAUCCGUGAGCCUGAGCAUCGACUUUGGCUGUUGAUGUUUUCUGGUACACUUGCAACCGCGGGACUGAUCCUCUGGGGCGUCGGCGCCGCACACCAGAUCCACUUCAUGGGUCUCAUCAUUGGACUCGGAAUGACCAGUUUUGGCAUCGUUUCAGGAGGGAGUACCGCGCUUGCAUACGAUGUUGACUGCUUCAAAGAAAUUGCCGGAGAGACGGUCGUUUUGGUCAUCGUCAUUCGCAACACUAUGGGCUUCGCAAUGAACUACGGUAUUACACCAUGGCUGGAGAAUACAGGAACCCAGAACUGCUUUAUUGCAGUCGCCUUUCUUUGCCUGUUCUGCAGCUUCAGCUUCUUGUUUAUGACAGUAUGGGGCAAGAAGCUGCGUCGGGCCUCGGCGAAGAAGUACUGGGAGUAUGUGGACACGCUGAUUGUCGCGGCGCACUGA